AUGGGUGGCUGUGCAUCUGGUGGGAAGAAGGAUGACGUGGUCGACUUUACUUCGCCCAAGGCGAACGGUAUGGUGGCGCCCUCCGCCGAGGUCAUCGUGCAAGACUUUUCCUCGCUGGUCAUCCUCAGCUUACGAUGCGAGGGCUUGCAGAAAGGCAGAAAUACCGUCGCCGUGGUGUACUCCAAAUUGGGAACUGAGGACCUUUGGAUGGAGUACGGCACCACGGAGAUUUGUGGACAGGACACCCGAUGGCCAGUCUGGGAGCGGAUGUUCGAGUUGCAGUUUAGGAUCGAACACGUGCGCUUAGUGCGUGUGGAGAUUUAUGUUAUUAGAAAUCAAGAGAUGCAUGAAGAUCUGAUGGAACAAAAGUUCGUCGGAUCAGCUGAAUUCAAUCUCGCUGAAGCGGUGUAUGCCAGAUCCCAUACCAAGAAUCACGGCUGGCUGAAGAGGAAGCUGGAGAAUAUCAAGAGGAAGCCUCGAGACCCGCCCAUUGGGAAGCUCUUCAUCUACGCGGAAGAAUCGGUGAACGCCAAAGCAGAGUUGAGCUUCUCGGUGAGUGGGCAGGAUCUGAAGCCCACGGAUUUCUGGAAGCGGAAGUGUGAUCCCUAUUUCGUGGUGAAUCGAAUCCAGGCCGUCUACGAGUCUGGCGAGAUCGUACUGCAACCGAUCUUCCGGAGCGAGGUGGCGCGGAAGAGCUCCGAGCCCAGCUUCGAGGAAGCUAGCUUCACAGUUGCGCAGACCAGUGGCUGCGAUACUGGCCAAGACAUUAUCAUCACAGUGCACGACUGGAUCCGGCUUGGGAACCAUGGGUAUAUUGGCGAGUUUGUUACUACCUUUGAGGAGCUGCAAAAGAUCGUUGGCCGGGGCAAUCCGCACACCUUUCCCAUCUACAAGAGAGAGGGUCCAAGGAUCGCGGGAAUGACUCGGCUACCGACCACCAAGACCAUGCUAAAGAAUGGGAGAACUAGUAGCCGCACAGGCUCCGGCUCGAGGAGCACCACUCGUAGCACCUCCGCCGAAAAAGCGGACCGCGACUCUGUGCAGCGCACUUCAUCGACGAUCGGGAGGAAGAGCACGCACGCAAGCCAAAACAGCGGAGGGCGGACUGGAUCUCGACUGGGCGCGAGGGCUAGCUCCAUGCUGUCUGGUGGAGGGCCCAGGACCAGCUCGAUGAUCUCCGGUGGUGGGCAUAGGAGCUCUUCGCAUGGGAGAAGUUCAUCACAUGGAAGAAGCUCCUCACAUGGGAGGAGCACCUCCCAGAUCUCUGGACAUUCCAGCAAGAGUCAGACCUCUGGAGCAAGAGAGUCGGUGACCUCUUCGGGCUCCAAGAGUAAAGGCAUUUUCGGGCCCUUGGCCGGGCAGCUGACCUUGGAUGGCCAUCGCUUCAAGCGACACUACACCUUCCUGGACUAUUUGCGUGGCGGGCUGGAACUUCAGCUCAUGGUGGCCGUCGAUUUGACGCGCUCCAAUCUGGGACAGACGAAUCCCAAAUCCAUGCAUAGCGUCGUAUCAACAGAAGAAGAGACGGCCUACGCAAGUGCAAUCCGUUGCCUGGGAGAAGUGAUGUCGGUUUAUGACAACGACAACUGCUAUCCAAUCUAUGGCUUCGGUGCCAAGAUCCCCCCGACCCAUUCGGUGGUCUCCAACUGCUUUGCCUUGACCGGGGAUUUUUUCCAACCAGAGGUGGAAGGUGUCGAAGGGAUGCUGAAAGCCUAUCACAGGGCCUUGCGGGUCUGCCACCUCCAUGGGCCGUCUUAUCUCGCAGAUGUGGUGAAGUUGGCAGCCGACAUGAGCAGGCGGAGCACACCUUGCGAGCGAGUUCUGCGCUGGCGAACUUGGAGGAUCCUGUUUCCGUUCUUGAAGCUCAGUGAGCCACCGGGACGGCAGCCGUUCCAAUGCGCUCCUGGGCGCUCAGUUCUGGCCGCCCGAGUUUUGGGAAGAUUGGUGAUUUACAUCAUAGCUGCUUUCUUGUUCUGCUAUGCAGGCCUCGCCAUCUCAUCUCAGACCUUGCUUUUGCGCUACGAUCAGGAGCAACAGCGGCUGGUUACCAAGCAAUUGGAUCCUGCAUGUGGUAGCCACAUGACCUAUGUCCUCAUAUCAAAGCGCAUUCUGGAAGUGAUUCUGCUGAAUCAUUUGUGUGGAAAUUUGAUGCAACAGGCCGAGGAGGAUUUGGAAUAUUACAGAACUGCAGACCUGCAGCUGAUGAAAGACCCAAGUGGUGAUGCAGGUGUGGUGCACGGACUCUUCCAAUGUUGGUUCCGCUUUUGCCUCCGGAGAGGGUACAACCGUCGUUGGCUGAGCUCCUUUUUCCCGGACUACAUCUUCUUGUUUUGCGUCGUGGGCCCAUGCUGCAUUCUCUACAGCAUCAUGCUUUGGUACAGAAAGAUGGAUGCGCAUGCUGUUGCGCAUCACGCCUACAUCGACAAGACCGAUCCUGGGUCUGGAUUCUUGAUUUCACUGGAUACAUGCCUGUUUGUAUACACCAGUGUGUUGGUCAUGGGCUUUCUCUUCACCACCUUGGAAAAACACGUGGUGGCUAACCCGUUGCGUGCCUUGGAAUUCCGCGCGGCCCUGGCCUUGUUUUUGGUCCUUUGGGCAAUGAACUUCCUCACCAUUUUAGAGGAUCGCUACGUCUAUUCUUCAGCUUGGGGCUUCAAUCUUUCCCGUAGAGAGCGGAACGUGACCCCAUACUUCCGCAUACUGGCAGCUCUUGCACAAGUCUUUGUGACACACUCUGCCGUGAUGCUGGGCGCGGUGCUUUUGGGCCAUAGUGGGCAUGUGCGACGGAUGCCAGAUAUCCCUUGUAAGGUCUUUUGCUGGAGAGUUCUUCCGAGUUUGGUGCUGUUUGCUGCCAUCAUCGCCUUUAACUUGGCCUUUCGUUCCAACCACGACCGCAGCGAAUGCUUGAAGCCAAUCUUUCGUGUGAUCAACGUGGCAUGGCCGUGGUUUGCAGCCUUGAUGCCUCCCUUGGGCGGAGUUCUCUUGCUCCUAGAUAUCUUCCUGGAACGGGCUUUCUUCGAGGAGAAGGAGUUUGACAUUGAACUGGAUUAUGAUUCAAUCCUGAUGUCGGUCACAGUGUCGCUGGCUUUGAUCGGGAAUGUGAAUGGGAUCCUUGAGAUGGAAGCAGCUCGCCUUUGGAUCAGUGUUUUCUUUCGGUCGAUUGGACUCUUCGUGCCGUUGGGAUUGGUGACCUUCACCUUCUACUGCUGGAAGCGGCCUCCUGUUAGCCCAUCCAGCUUUAGGAACAGGUGCAGUGUGUGGUUUGCCUUUGUGCUUGCUGGAACCAUGUUUGUGAUUUUCCAGAUCAUGGAAGAUUGUGAAAUCGCAUCAGAUCUUCCAGGAUGUUGCACCUAUCCCUCUGUGGAUGAAGUCUUUAACCAGCGCGAGUACACCAAUCUCAUUUGCGACAAAGCUGUUCGUUGUUUGUGGGCAGACGAUCGCGUGAAUUAUUGCUACCUGGGACGCUUGAACGAGCAUCACUUAAGUUCCGUGGCCGCAAACGUCUCCAUCCUCAAGCAGGAGGCGACUUUUGAUGCCGCCCUUUGCGACGAAUUGGAGGUCCGAUGGCGACAGUACGCUCAUACCAACAGCACCAAAUCUGCGCACGAGGAGUCUGAGCACGAGGAACAGCACCACUCAGCUGCCUAUCGGCUCUUCCGGAACAUUGGUCAGGCUGCGAGUGUGGAGAUGUAUUUUACCGUUCUCGGCGUGCUGCUGAAAGUUAUCUUCUUGACACAACACCCCUGCGCGGCAGAGAUUCUUCGGCUCGACACCUUGCAUCACAGUGAGGAGAAGCAUCACUGCGGCGAGUCAAGUCACCAGGCUGUGGCAAGGAAUGUGAUGCCGGAUGACACUGCACACAACGUCCCGUUAGUCGAGAAUGGGCUCGAAAUGGAGCCACAAGAGAGUUGA